AUGGAACAAGACCGGGCUUCGUGGUUGAAGGCUCCAAUGGGCAUGUUUCUAGCCUGGUCUGCGUCGGCAUUCCUCAUCAGGGCAUGGGCCAAGUUUCGGACAAAAACAUGGGGACUGGACGACUAUUUUCUUUCGCUAUCUCUUGGUUUUUGCCGAGCUUCAGCGGCGCUAUUCAUCAGUCAUAUGGCCCAAUGUGGCCCUCAAAAACUACCAGCCAAGAUAUUGGCUGCCAUUUCCGGGGUUUGGACUGCAGCAUCUUCAUUUUCGAUAGCCAUUCGUGGCGAUGCUAGUCGUCCUUGGUCCACACUGGACGGAACCCGACCACAGUUUAUUCGUUGGAUGUCUAUAGAAAUUAUUGGGGCAGUUAUUGAACUGGCGAUUUGGGUCCUUGCCGUCCACCUGGUCUGGACUCUCCAGAUGACAUUACGAAAGCGCAUAUAUAUUCUCAGUGCAUUCGGUGUCAAACUCAUACUUGUCGUUUUGAUCGGCUUGCGUCUAAAAUAUCUGGCCCCUUCGCGGAACUGGGAUCCGACUUUCACGAGCAUCAUGCCCGGCAUUUUUACCCAAGCCGUGCUGCACUUUUCCAUCAUUGCAUCCUGCGUCACGACGCUGAAACCGUUCCUGCGCCAUUUUGACCCUACCUACGUUCUCGAGAGUGCGGAUGUGGAUUCCUCGAAGCGCUCACGGGCCAGCAUGAAUGCCUCGCGCGACUCGUACUACCGGCUCGGGGCCAUGAACCGGGUCAAUCGAUCCAACGACGAUCCCAACGACAAGGUCAAUUGGCGGCCGUACCAGGGACCAACGCAAGCUGAACCCUACGCCGCGGCCUACCACGACUCGAGCGUGACACAGUCAAGCCAGUCCAGCAAAGAGAGCAGGCUGUUGAGGGCGAGCCGCAGCAUAGGCGCCAAUCUGAGAGGUGUUGCCCAGGGCAGGCAGGACGGCGCGAUGCAGAGUAAAAAUCAGGGUGACGGGGCAUCCUUGAGGACAGAUGCAUCAGAUCGCAUGAUUAUUGAACGAAAGAGAGAAUUCUCCAUCAAGCAUGAAGUUCCUACACCACAAUGUACAAUACAAAGGAAUCAAAUAUAA